AUGCGUGUGCGCCGCAAGCACCACGGGAUGAGCGGUGGCUAUACUACCAUUCAGCGUGGUCCGAGGGGCAAAGCUCGCGUAAUUUAUAUCCCUCCGGUCCCGGAGAAGUAUCAGGAUGCAACAUCGAGCGAUGACGAGGGCCCCCACCGUGAUGGGGAUAUGCUGGCCUCGUGCUCGAGUGGCCGUCGUUCGUCUGCUGCAUCGCGUGCUCAGAAAAUGUUUGGUUAUCAGCCACAGCUGCGCUGUAGCGUCUGUGAUACCAAAUUGAGCAGUUUCCCGGAUGCAGUCCAGUGCAGGUGUGGCAAAAUGUUGUGCGAUCGUCACCGCCCAACCGAGAUGCACACCUGCACACGUGUACACAAGCUUCAGAAUGUCAGCGACUGA